AGGCAGAAACUGCUCUGAAAAUCCCUGAUGCGAGCACGAGCCCUAGAAGCCUCACCCCUGUGAUCUCCCAAAGUCUUUUCUCUAAUUUAUAGUGAUUGUUUGUUUUGCUUUCUACUGUGUCAUUCAUUCUGAACAGAUUAAUGCGCCUAUUGUCUGUGGUAGUAAGAAGAAAAAGAAGCAUCUACUACUUCCAAGAAGUAUAUCUUUUUCUGUUGAAGUUGAACACAACAUGGUAUAUUAUAAUCAAGGAAGAUGCGACUUUCAAUGCCUCAAAACCCUUUCGUGACGGCCUGAGAACCGAGCGCCUCUGCCGAGCUCGCCUUCAUUUUACUGGGGCUGCGCGUAGGUUCGGUGAUAAAAUGGUUCGGUGGUGAUUCUCCUACCCAACGUAAAGGAACCGUCGGGUGGAUAAGUACCUCGAACCGUCGUGGGAAGCUACGGGUCCGAAAUCUGUGCCAGUCUGAGGCCAGAAGCGAAGAUAGGCAUGCAGGAGCGAAAAUAACAAAAAGCAGACAUCAUCAGUCUCCACGCCAAUACCAGAACCGCAAUGAACACGUGUCUCUCCUCCACCGCUGGCUCCAGGCAGCCAGCUUCAGCCUCCGAACUCGUGACGAGGUUCAAACGCAAGGAUUUCGAGGUCACGGACUUUGUCACGGAGGCUGUGUCCGAAAGCCAAGGCUCGGACUAUGUCGCGUCACUCGCCAAUGUCCUAGACGAAGCCCUUGUCGGCAUCCAGAACUCCUUGCAUGCCGAAGUAGUGCUGUGCCACGAUAAACUGUUGGACAACACGUUCUCACUGGAGCUAUUGGACCGGGAAUUGUCUCAAGUGCGGGAGAAUGUUACUCUCGUCAAACGCAGUAUGUCAGAAGUGAAGGCGCAAUGCUUGUCGCCUUUUCGGACGUUGAAUUAAGGGAAGGAAUGAGACUGGGAAAUAAAGGACAACUUGAGGGUAUGGAUUGUCUUACAACCCACUACGAAUUCGAAUCUAUACUCUAUAAUCUACGAGGAAGGUGAUGCUGCUAAAAUAAUCUAUAAUACUCUAAUCUACGAGGAAUGCUAAAAUAAUUCUUUAACUCCGCCAUUGUCUAGACCCACUACGAAUUGAAGUAUAGUAUACUCUAAUCCAAGAGGAAGGUGAUGCUGCUUGGUCGUGCGCAGGAAGUGAAUGUGCUCAUAAGGAGGCUCACGCGGUUCGAUUUCGACUUGAAGAAAUUGAAAGCGCACGUGGAUCCAGGUACACUUGUGAGUCGGGUUUUUUCCGAUUAGAGUGAGUUUAGACAAGGUGGGAUUAUUUCGAGUCAGAAUCCGUGCUCUCUGCAUCAUAUUGACUCAAAGAGAAAACUUGAUGAACCUCGCCACAGUGUCCGGCGGCGUUGGCAAAGAGUACGGCAAAGCAGCACACACUGUGUUUGAGCUCGAGUCAGCUCUCACCGAGAAUGGGCUCGACCGAGUCGCUAGUGUCAAAAGGGAGGUGAAUUUCAUCCGGUCAGUAGGUGAAAGCGUGAGGAGACGAGCGCGAGAAGACCUCUACAAGGGGUUGCGCGAGUACAAUCCACAGCUGCUCGAAGAUGCGACACAAGCGUUCUUCAAUAUGGGACGACUAGAAGAGGAGCUCCACACUCUGGCAACAGACUUAGUAACGCGGUUAGACGAGUUACUUGUGGCAAUAGAUCGGCCACCGCCGCAAGUACCGGCCGGAGCACCAGCUGGGAGUGCAUUGUCGAGUGUGAUCGAUCCUUUCUUGACGAGUGCGAGCACCGUUGUGAAGCAAGCCGAAUUUCUGGAUCCGAUAUUGCAGACGAAAGCUGAUCCUCUGACACAUGAAAAAUUCAAACCGGAGAAAAGUACUACUACUCAACAUAUUAUAUAAUAUGUUAUGAAAUGAAUAAUAUUUAUAAUAUAUACAGGUAGUACUACGAUAGACGUUUAGGCUUAGAUGAGUCUUUUCAUAUUUUUUUGUUUCCUAGAUAGGCGUGCUCCACCGAUCUUAUAUAUACAGGUAGUACUACUUGAAGUUGAAUGCUUUGUUUAUUUGCUGUACUAUGCUGGAUGAAUGAGUGAGUGAGAAUUUAACAGUUCUUCAACAUGUUCGAUUGACGUUACAUACUCGUGUAUAUUUGCACCUCACAAAUGAAUAGGUUUUCUUCAGCUUGUUUGGGAGAAGUUGUUCGUGGAUUGCCUCAGCGAGAGGGUGAAAGCUGCAGUAGCAAAGACAAAGCCCAGCAGUGUUUUGGUUAUGUUUUACUGAGACAAAGCAUGAUAAGGAACGCACUCGUCUCUUAGCACCAUCAAUUAAUAUCUAUGAUCUUCCAGAAGUAGGCUCUGAGUACGUCUUUUGCAGAAUCUUACAAAUACAAGAUAUUACUCCUCUACUACGUGGUCUGUCUCUUCCACACUCUCACCCACACUCUCACCCGCUCUAAUCCCUCAGAUGAAUUUCCACUUUUUUCGAGGAAAUUGCAGACCCACCUGCUAGACGUGUUGGACCGGGAAAGCUUUUUGCUGCGCAAGCAACUCUUUGGAGCAGUUGACGAGCUCCAUGCCUCCUUCGUGCACGCGAGUUUGACAAGGCUGACGGAACCGGUACUCUUACUUUUAAAAAUUUAGGCACUAAUCAAUUUGAGAAUGGCACCAGUCAGCGCAAGCGAGGCUGCUCGUUCUCUGGUGAAUUUGAGAAAGAGUGGGUGCAUAUAUCAAGGGCCGUAGGAAAAGCAGCGGGAAGACCCCCCCAGAGAGGGGGCGCGGCUUCUGUGUCUGGCGUCGCGCGGUGGUUUCGCAAAUAAGGAGCCGGGGACGCGUGCUAUGGUCUUGAAGGUUUUUCAGUAGUGGCGAAGUCGUUUGGCAUCAGUUUGCUGUGCCGGUCUGCACGCGCGGCGUGCCAAAAGCUUUCGCGACAUGAUUGGGGGCCGGCGAUGGAGCGCGUUACACAGGCGUAAGGGCCUUGCCACUUUGAUAAACGAAGCAGAUGAGGGGGACCACGAUAGGGCAGCAGGGGCGGGGGGGGGGGUGAUGGCCGGCCUUUUUUUCUUCGGCUUUGCUCCGCUCUGGUGUUAGGUAUUUCGAAGGUAGAUUUUGUCAAUGCUUCAUCCUGAGAAAGCGGCUCUUCAAAAAUGUUGCAGGUAGAGCUAAUGCUCCCGGAGAAAGUGGUGGAGAGCGCUGCAACUGUCGGUGGAGAUGCGCAACUACCCACUCUUGCUGAUCUCCGGCGCUAUGUGCAGAUAAUCAACGGUGAGCAAAAACACGGGGAAACGGGCUUGAACUUUGUUCAAGUCUCCGUGAUGAAGAACAUCAGGACUUCGGUACUGCUCUUCGUCACGAGGUUGGAGCUUUUGACGGACGCUGGCGGUCUCAUAGUAUCUCCGAACUACAACAUAGCAUCGGCGAAUGGCGGAGCCCCAGAGCAGCAGCCGCAGCCAUUCGUUUUUACCACUGGUCAUCAGAGAAACAGUCGACUGUUCGCGAUGCUGGCAUUGUUUUUAUGAAGAACUAAUAUUGGAGGUGUGAUAUAAUUAGCAAUCUACUUGUUGCUGUUGAUGAUUCUUCAUUGAUGUCCCUUCCAAUCAGCACAUCCUUCCAAUCAGCGCAUGGCAAUUACGUAAUCAGUUUAUAUUUGUCAUCACGAAGUAGAUUCAGCCACUACAUGGCGACAGGACAGGGAGCUUCAGAAGAAAAUGCAACAAAUUUUAAAGCCAGUAGGCAGUCUGCACUGAACUUUGUGCGAGGUAAGUUGUAUAAUUGUAUUGUAUUGUACUGCAGCUCAUGUGUCUUCAAAACAUCUCCACGCUUCUAAUCCUCCACGCCUUGAUGCAAGAAAAGAUGCCAAAAACUUUGCCACCGCAACUUUGGUCACAUAUCGAGACCCUGGAGCAAUCGUUCUUGGACCCGUUUUUUCAGACCAUCAGCAUUAAAUUCAAACAAGAAGUCUUCCCUCAGUGGCGAAGGGAGUUGCUCCAGAGGGCGUCGGGUGUUAUGAGAUGAUGAACUUGGAGGAUUUUUUUCGAGUUCAAGCAGGUACAGUUAGUUGACUUCAUGUAUCAUAGGUAUAGCAUAGUCCCGUGCGAAAAGAAAGCUUCGCGCAUCCAUCCUCUAAGAAACCCACGCCCAGCACUACUGCAGCCUCUCCAGCGUUGGCCACGUUUUUGAAUACUUUUGUAGGCGGUGUGGCGAACGUGUACCUUUCCCAGUACGGACAACCACAACACGUGGAGCCGCACGCAUUGCGGUAUGCCAAGGAACUGGAACGAGCGGCAGUGGUAAGACUGUGCCUUGGGCCAGCGAUUAUGGGAGCACGACUACAUAACUGGAUUUAAUUGUGUAGGACUUAGAUAGUUCGUGAUGGUGAUCGUGUAGAACGACUAAGUGGUAGAUAGUAGAUCGUGUGAGUGAUUGUACAUGUAGUUCGCUAGCAUUUCGAUUCAUAGGUACGAAGCCUCAUGGUGCCCUCAAAUCGAAAGCACUCCUCUCUAACCCAAACGCCGAUGCCGAAAGCUCCGAUGCACACCCUGGAAUCGAUGCAGAAGUACAGCGUUCAGUUCUGUCAGGGCAGGUAGGUAGGCAAGCGUUUAUCGCGGAUAUGCAGAUCCUGCGAGAAAGUCUCAAUUCUUUCUGUGGUGGCGCUGAAAAUGCGACUCCAGUGUUGCAAAAACUAGAGGAAACGGUACGCACAGGAGCAGGAGGAAUAAGCGCGGAUGCCUGCGGGAGUGAGACUCGUCUAGCAAAUGUUUUAGUAGCGUUUUUGAAGGUGGAACCUUGAUGAGAGAAGGUGUGAUAGAGAACGUUUUCAAAGGUGUGAUAGAGAACGCACCACAUGCAGUACUUCCUAUGUUGCUUGAAAUUGGAAUAGACACUAACUCAACUACACUUGUUGACGAGAACGCUGACACAGACACGUCUGGAACUCUUUGGUCAACCAGACAUCUCCGUUUGUGAAAGCCCUGCUGUUGAUGCGAUGACGUUCAUGAAUAACACACACUAGCAAGAACGGCUAGACGAUGUAGAACAUACUGCCGCUUGUAUGUGGAGUACCCAGAAUCAACACCACGAAGAAUCUCAAACCGACACCACGACGCGAUCAUUUCAAUGAAAAAAGGUUUGCCUGCUCCCAUGCACUGAAGAUGGAUCCUCGUUCAUGAAAUGUCGAUUUACUAGGUCAAGAGCAC